AUGUUUCUUCCAUGGUGUUCAUCUUUAUGUUUUGCCCUCCUGCUGUCCAGUUUUCAAACAGGAUUAGCCAAGGAAAACUUCCUAAAAUAUGGUCGUAAGCGGUAUGAUCCUGACAGAAAGGCACUGCCUUACAAAACAAUCCUUGUUGAUCACUCAGGCCAUGGCGAUUUUUCUAGUGUACAAUCUGCCAUUGAUUCCAUUCCAGAAGAGAAUAAGAACUGGGUUCGUGUCUACAUAAGGGCUGGAACAUAUAGGGAGAAGGUUAACAUUCCUUCUAAGAAACCAUUUAUCAUUCUCAAAGGAGAGGGAAAAAGAAGGACUCAGAUUGUUUGGGAUGACCAUGAUUCAACACUACAAAGCCCUACUUUCACUUCUUCAGCAGAUAACAUUGUAGUUAGAAGCGUGGCCUUUGUUAACUCUUAUAAUUUUCCACAUAAUAACAACCCAAGAAUGCCAGCAGUAGCAGCUAUGGUAACCGGCGACAAGACUGCAUUUUACCAAUGCCGGUUUGCAGGGUUGCAAGACACACUGUGGGAUGAAGCAGGCAGGCAUUACUUCAAGGAUUGCAGCAUCCAGGGUGCUGUUGAUUUUAUCUUUGGAAGUGGCCAAUCUAUUUAUGAGGAUUGUUCUAUACAAGUACUUGAAGAAGGAGGGGUUAUCACAGCACAAGGAAGAAGGAAUCCAGAUGAUACAAAUGGUUUUGUGUUCAAGGGCUGCACUGUGUUCGGCAGUUCUUCAGUUUUCUUGGGAAGGCCAUGGGGAAGUUAUUCUAGGGUCUUAUUCUACGAUUCAAAAUUUUCAAACAUUGUAGACCCUAAAGGAUGGGAUGCUUGGAACUCUGUUGGCCAUGAGGACCGUCUAACAUUUGCUGAGUAUGGCAACUUUGGGCCAGGAGCUGACACUUCAAAGAGGGUUAACUGGUCAAAAAAGCUGAGCCCUCAAGGCUUGGAAGAACUAUCCAGCAUAUCAUUUAUUAAUGCCGAUAACUGGAUUGAAGAACAACCUAUUUAG